AUGGCUGGCGACAGGCCGGAGCUCCGACUCAUCCGAGCCGGGCUUCGGAGCCUCGCGGACGCUGGGGUUCGGGCGCCCGAGGCCUCGAGGCUUCGCGCACUUCACCUCCACGGCAAUGCGCUCGUCUCGCUUCAGGGCCUGGAUGCCGUUUGCCCGGCGCUGGAGGAGCUCGUGGCCUCAUCCAAUGACCUCCGGAAGCUGCAGGGCCUUGCGGGCUUGCAGCGGCUCAGGCUCCUGGAUGUGUCUUGCAACUGCCUCCGCAGCCUGGAGGGAUUGGAGGGCCUCCGCCACUUGGAGGAGCUCCGAGCUGCCUACAACCAGAUCAGCAGCCUCCAGGCGCUGUUGCCCUUGCGAGGAGCCGGAUCGCAGGUUCGAUUUUUGGACCUCCGGGACAACGCCAUCGAGCAUUUGGGUGAGCUCCUCUUUCUGGGCGGCCUCCACAACUUGCAGGACCUGCGCCUCCAAAGCGCCGGAGGACGGCGGGCAAAUCCUGUCUGUCGCCUGCCAGGUUAUCGGUCCCAGGUCCUUCGCGCCGCCCCGGACUUGCAGCUGCUGGACGAAGAGGCUCCGGGUGCCGAGGAGAGGUUUGCAGAUCUUGAACGGGCAGUGUUGCCAGAGACUUGGCCUCCAGCCCGAGCCGGGGACACCGAGGUACCAACUGUUCAGAAACCCGGCGAUGGCCCCUUGGAGGAGUCGGAGGAGGCCACACAGGCGAAUCUCGCACGACUCCGAGUCGCGGUGUUGCAGAAGCAGCAGGCAGCUGCGGAGGCCCGAUCGCGCAGGCAGGCGAGUGAGGAGAGCUUGGCCGCCCUCCUCGCAGAUGCCGUGCCCAACGCUCCAAAGAUAGGCCGGCAGCUCCAGCAGGAGCUGCGCAUCGUUGCAGGGGAAGCCAAACGACGACAGGCCAUGAACGCAGAGCUUAAAACCAAGCUCAGCGAAACCCUGCGCGGCAUGCAGCAGCUGGAGGCCUCCGCCCGUCAAGCGGAAGAGGAGGUCUACACGGCUCGGCGUGCGUGCCAACGAGUGCGGGAGCGGCGUUUCAAGGCCGCAGCGGAGGCAGAAAGCUUUGCCUCUGCUGUGCAGUCGGCAGUUCGACGCCGGGAGGAAGAGGGAGCAGAGCUUGCGCAGGAGAGGGAGAUGGCCGAGAGGCUGCUCGUGGAGCUUACGGAAAAGACGGAGGCCUUGGCUGCGGAUUCCGCGGAGCUCCGCAUGCGCUCCGCCGCCGCCGCAGGGCGGCAGGUGGAAUUCUGGCGACAAGAAGAGGAGAUGAGUGUUUUGGCCGACCAGGCAGAGGAGGUGCGGCAGGAGCUCUCCAGCCGAGAGAACGGUACUGAAGAGUGGCGCGCCAGAUGCCGGGAAGAGGGAGAAGAGGCAGAUGUUCUCCGGCACUUGCGGCAGGAGGCUGCCGCAAACUCGACAUCAAGACUCGAGAGAGAGGAAGAGCUCGUCGAACAUCAUCGCACAUCCAUCCGCACCGCAGAGACCGCUGCACAGAGUCAGAAGGGACGAGUAGCAGAAAUGAGGCAGCGGCUGGAGUCCGACAUUGCGGCGCAGAAUGAGGAGCUGGAGGCCCUCGCUCGCCAGAGCAAGGCCCGCCGGUCGGAAGAGGCCGCCUCGGCAGCUUCCGCCGAACAGCACUUCGCGACCCGUCGUCGGGCCCUUGCCAACGAGACGCGGGCGCUGCAGGAUUCCUUCAACGCUGCCCUGGCGGCUGCCGAAUCGGAGGAGAAAGCUCUUCGCUGUCAGCGGCAGCGAGCAGAGGCUUGCCAUGCAGAUGAGUCCUCGCUUCAUGCGGCCUUGGCAUCGGAGCUCGUCUUGGCUCGACAAAGCCAGGGGGCGCUCAGGGAGGCCGAGGAGGAGUUGAGCUGCAAGCGUGCGGAAGUCAACCUUGUAGAGGCACGACAGCUGGGCCUGCGGCGACAGCAGGCCGUCGCCGAGGCAGAGCUGCAAGAGCAGUACGUGGAGCCCUCCUUGCUUGAGGCCGUGGAGUCUCAAUUCGCUUCCCUCACCCAGCAGCGCAGCGAGUUGCAGGCUUCUGUCGCGAGGAACCGCGAAGAGGAGAGUCGCGCGGAGGAAGCCUUGGCCAGUGCUCAGAGCCCUGGAAGGCUGCAAGAAGAGCUGCUUCAGGAGCAGGCCCGGAUGGAAGCCCUCCAAGCUGAGUUCCACGAUGCCGACCAACAGAUGGACCUGCUGAGCAGUGCACUGCAGGAGCUGCAGGAAGAGGCCACUACUCGCGACACCGCCCGAGCCAAGCGUCAGAGCGAUUGGCGCAAGGCUGAGGCUCAGGUGCUUGGGCGUCUGGCAGAUGCCAGCUCUCAGGAGGAAGCCGCUCAAGAAAUGGCCGGUGCGCUGAUGGAGGAGCUGGACACACUGAACCAGGAGUCGUCGCAGUUCGACGAAGACUUCCUCUGGCUCGAAGGUCGAGUCGAUGAGGCACGCGAGCAGUGGUCCCUCGCAGAUGAAGCAGAGGCUGCCGAGCUGGCCGCCGUGGAGACACGCAGCAUGCGCAGUGCUGAGGAGAUGGAGCACCAGCUCGCCUCCCUGAGUCGGGCCUUGGCUCGUGAGCUGCAGAAGCGCGGAGAGGUCAACCGCAAGGUGCAGCUCGAGAUCCAGCAUGACCAGGAGCUGCUGGAAGGCUACCAGCGAGAAGAGGCGGCCGUGCAGGAAGUCUGGAAUGCCGAGCGCCAAGGCCUUGCCGAGGAAGCUGCCGCAAUGGCUUCUGAGCUUCAAAGGCUUGCUUCGGGCCUCGCAUGA